CCAAAUGGCGCUGGAGCUGAUCAAGAACACCAAGAUGGUCAGCCUGCUUCUGGCCCUGGCAGCAUCGAUCUUAAUGAUCCAUGUUGAUGCCAACAGCAGGCUCGAUGUUUACACGAUUCCAGGCUGCCAAGAUCCCGGACAGAGCUACACGGCCAAGCCGGAUCCUUGCACCUCGACCUGUGUGCUCGUUCCAAUCAACUAUCGCUUCACGUACGAUGGCCAGGCCGGGCUCUUCUUUGACGGCCCAGACUGCAGUGGCGCUUUAACAACAGUCCGCUCGAAUGUGUCCUCCUGUGAUUUACUGCAAGCGAGUCCACUGAGGAGUGCCAAGUUCUCCUGCAGAGCAUGAUGAGCAUCAAGCCUAGCAAGAAAGUGGAUGAAAGUAGUGAUCGAUGUGCUUCCCAGAUCUUUGGACGUGAUUAUGUCAAUGAUAAGCCCAAAUGCCGACC